AUGUUAAAAAGAUUUUUGAGUCAAAAAGUUGUAGUAAACGAUAAGUUGAGUUCGAGCAAUCGCCGUUCUGCGCGUAAUUCACGUUACUGGACACGUUUAGAAUUAAGAGUUUUAGAGAACCUUGUUUCUAAAUAUGGUCAAGAUUGGAAAAAAGUGGCGGAGCAUAUACCUGAUAGAAUGGCAAGUGAAUGCGAAUCACAAUAUUUAAUCAUGUCCUCAUCCGACUAUUUCUCAUCUCGUGUUAAAGCAAAAAACACUCGUGUAAAAGGUACUAGGACAAAACUUAAAUCUAAACCGAUUUUAACUGAAGAAGAAUGUGAAUUUUUGAACAAUUUAAUUGGGAAAUAUGGUUGUAGAUGGUCAAAAAUUUCAAAGCAUUUUCCAACAAAGAGUUUAAACUCAAUAGAAUCAUUUGUACGUAAGAAUCCAAAUAAAUUUUCAUCUAUUUUCAAAUUUCCGGAAAGAUUAAGAAAACACAGAAGUUGGACUGAGAGUGAAAUGAAAUUAUUAAAUAAUCUAAUUAUGAAAUAUGGUCGUAAUUACGAUGCAAUUUCAAGAAGAAUACUUGGUAGGACUUCGGAAGCCGUAUCUCGAUUUUUGCCACGUCAUUCACCAGAUUUACCGGCGCUUCGUAAUGCGAAUAUUUUAAGAUGGUUCAAAUCUUCAAGUCUAUGGACUGAUCGUGAAACACGUACAUUAAAUGAUCUUGUUGAACAAUACGGUAAUGAUUGGUUUCUUAUAUCAAGUAAAAUUUACGGGAGAACAGCAUUUGCAUGUCAAGAUAAAUUUUAUGCAUGUUGGCAACCGAAUAAAAAUAAAAAAGAAUUAGUCUUACAUAGCUGGCCACAAGAAGCAAUUCAAAUUUUGGAUUACUUAAUAUCAAAAUAUGGCAAAUGGCAAAUAAUACCAAUUCUUUUACCUGGGAUGACACCAUUUCAUUAUUAUAUGCGUUCUGCGACUAAUAUUUGGGGUUGGAGAAAUCAUGAGAUAUCACUUUUAAAAGAUUUAAUACAAAAGUACGGUCAUGAUUGGAAAAAAAUUAAGGCAUAUCUUCCACAUAAACGUAUUAAUUCGAUCGAACUUCAUGUAAAAACAAAUUCACAACUUUAUAAUAUUGAAGAUCAUAAAAAUAGAUCAGAACUAUAUGAAAUUGGACAGAAUUUUGGAGUACAAAGGCGAUGGAGUGCGGAUGAAUUGAGAAGACUUUUAGAACUAAGAUCACAAUAUGAAACAGAUUGGUGUAAUAUUUCCGAGGGGCUACCUGGUAGAUCACCAUCCGCGUGUUUUUACAAAUAUCAAGUAAUGACAAGGUUAUUAUUGAAAGUCGGAAAAGAUUGGCAUUCUAGUAGUAUCAUACAAGUUCAAGACUUUUUUCAGAAAUAUGGACCGGAUUGGGAAUUGAUAUCACAAAAUGUACCAGACAAAAGUCCUGUUGAAAUACAACAAUUGGUAAAUGAUAAUCCGAUAUUCUUUUCAAAUCCAGGUUUUGAUAGACAUUUCAUCGACACCACAAGAAAAAAAGCAACUCAACCUUGGUCUGAAGAAGAUAUAGUUAAGUUAAAGAAUCUUGUAGAAAUACAUGGUAAAGAUUGGAAUAAAAUUGGGUCUCAAUUGGCAGGGAAAACAUGUGAAGAAUGUGAGGAAUAUUAUACGAACCACUUGACAAUAUCUGAAAACAAUGAUAAAGCAUGGACUGAAAAAGAAAAGCAAUCAUUAAAAGACUUAUUAGAAAAAUAUGGUACGGAUUAUGAUCGGAUUGCAAGAUUUAUUCCUGGGAAAUCACAAGAAUCAAUUAGAUCAUAUGUUACUAUACAUAAACAAGAACUUUUACCCAAAGAACUUGAAAUGUACGUGAAUGAAUCGAAUGUGCCACCAUGGACAGAAGAUGAAGAAAAUAAAUUGAUUAACCUUGUAAGACUUUAUAGAGAAGAAUGGAAAAUGAUAUCAGAUUAUCUACCUGAAAGAUCACCAAUUGCUUGCAAACGUAAAUAUUAUACUAUUUUACAUCCAAAUCUUCCAAAGGUUGAAGCGACCUCUUAA